AUGCUUAUUGAAGUUAAACACCUGGACUCCACAAUACUCUCCUUAAAAGCCGAUGAGGAAUUUACUGUAGAGAACUUGAAACAUGUAUUGAGUCAGAAUAUACAUGUACCUGCAUCCAAUUUAACCUUGGCAAGCAAUGGUUCUUUGCUUGAAGAUGAACACCGCUUCUCUGAGUAUUUCGCAGGGGACAUAUGCAACGUUCUUUUGUUUUUGCGUAAGGGAGAGCAGAUACGGACCAACAUUGAAGUUGACUUUGGCCAUGGAAAGGUUUUAUUUAUCCCCGCUUGCAUGAAUUGGACUGUGGGCGAACUGAAGCAAAAGGUACAAAAGGCGAUCAAAGAUGAGCACUUGGAUGAGACCAAGAUUUUUACGUUUGCUCAUUAUAUCAUGGAAGAUGACCGUAGACUUAAAGAAUACAAACUUAAAGAAGGUUCAAAAAUAACUGUAUUUACCUAUCUUAACCUGAAGUCCACGAAUACUAUAAAUGGGGAAGCUUCAUCAGUUAAAAGUGGGGCAAAGGGUUCCCAUCUUAUCGUUUCCCAACAGCAACUUUCUCAACAAUCAUCUACCUCACGGAAAUUUGGAGACCUGGAAAGCUUUCCCAAAUAUCAGCCAUCAAAGGUGGAACCAGUAGAAAAUCCAAAAAUCCCCAUCGUCCCACCUACUGAUUCAUAUGUUUCACCACAAAUGGCAGAACAAAGUUCUUUAUGGAAUCCAACGGCAAAUCUCACUGACCAUCAGUGGCAAAAAAGCUCAUCAAAUCUAAGAAAUGUUCCCGAGUCUUCAGAAUUUUGGCCCGCUUCGGUGGAGCCCAAAACAAUUGUAAUACCUGGAAGGUUUCGACAGCGCCAGACGCAACCCAUAUUCAACAACCAAUUCCAUUCUGGAACAGGGAUAUCAGAGCGCAGCAAAAGUGCCGAUAAGAUGGAUGUCAUUUUCACCGAUGGAACCAGGAAGAUGGCUGUAGAAUUGCCAAUAACAGCUACGGUUUUAGAAGGCUUGGAAGCCGUGAAGACAAGAAUUUCCGAUAGUGAUAAGGACAGACUUCGAUUGUUCAAGGGGUAUGUGCAAAUGGAAGCCUAUCAUCUUCUUAGCCAAUAUGGAGUCGUGCAUGUUGUUUUAAAUGCAAAUAACAUAAAGUACUUUCCCAAUUUUACAGUUGAUUGUCAAAACACUAGUAAAAAAACUCAGAAAAUCAAACAUUUGUCUGACCUCCAACACUUUAACUGUCUCAUUUAA